CCAAAUAGUGAUUGAGAAUGGCAUUCCGUCAGUCGAAAAGUCUAUUCAAACUCAAAGUUGCGUUGACAUCGACAUGCACAUAAUUGCAGGCUAUGAAUGGAAUCGUAAAAUAUUUAAAGUACAUUCAUCAAUUUUAAAAGAUAGAUGUGAUUAUUUUAAGAUGGUACUAUCUAGUCAAUUGAUUCGCAAAAAUUCUAAUGGGAUAAUUAUCUUUCAUAAAGAAGAUAUUUCACCAGAAAUUUUUAAUUUAAUUCUUGAUUAUAUUUAUACUGGUGAAGUCUCCACUACAAUUUGUGAUAGUGGUAUUAAUGUUUUAAAUUUUAUUAUAGCUGCAGAUGAGUUGCAACUUCCGCAGCUAGUUAUUUCAUUGGAAGGUCUUCUUAUUGAUACAUAUUUAAAGCAAACACAGCCUUUAUCCGAAAUUGAGGCAUG